CCUCUCCCACGCGUCCCUCGACCCUGACCAAUCUUAGAACUUUUACACUUAUAAAUUGAAGAACAUUCUCCUGCUGGAAUACAGAGGAGAAAACUAAUACAAUUUCCAUGGAUUGGGCAUUGGUUAUGUGGUUGUGGGCUUUGGUUUUUGUUCAGUACCAUAGUCAUGGGUGUCUUGGGUACUUGGACAAGGAGAGGACUUCUCUCUUGGAGAUCAAAGCUUCCAUCAAUUAUCCGAAUGGGUCUUCUCUUCCUACAUGGGAGGAUGGGACUGACUGUUGUCGUUGGGAAAGAAUCAAGUGCAACAAUGAGACAGGCCGAGUGACUGAAAUUUCUCUCAAUGAAACAAGGGAAGACGAGUUGGGAGAAUGGUAUCUGAAUGCCGACUUACUUCUAUCCUUUGGAGAACUGCGGAGCCUCGAUUUGUCCUGGAAUCAACUCGCUGGUUGGGUUGGUCAUGAAGGUUUCAAAAGAUGGUCCAGAUUGAGCAAGCUAGAGCACCUUGACCUAAGCAAUAACUCAUUCAAUGAAAGCAUUCUACUAUAUGUGGGUUCACUCUCAUCCCUCAAGAGUCUGUCUCUGGGCGACAAUCAAUUUGGAUUUCCACACAGCAGUCUUGAUGUGAUGGGGAAUUCACCUCCUAUAAUUUUAUAUACAAGUUUUGAAAUGUUGUCAAGAUUGUGCAACCUAGAGCAGCUAGACCUAAGUUGGAAUCAGUUAAAUAGAAGUAUUCUACCAUAUUUGGGCGCACUCUCCUCCCUCAAGAGCCUUCAUCUAAGAGGGAAUAAGUUGGAAGGAUGCUUCCCCUCAAAAGAAUUAGCCAACUUGAGCAAACUGGAGGUUUCGGAUUUGGGAGAUAAUCAACUCAAUGGUUCCCUAUGGCUGCAAGAAUUGGCCAACUUGAGCAAACUAGAGGUUUUGGAUUUGGGAGGUAAUCGACUCAAUGGUUCCCUAUUUCUGCAAGCUUUGUGCAAUCUGGAGAAUCUUCAAGAACUGGAUCUUCAAGGAAAUGAACUGGAAGGGAGCCUUCCUCCAUGUCUCAGCAACUUGUCAUCCCUCCAACUACUUGAUCUCUCCCGUAAUAAACUCAGUGGGAAAAUCUCCUUGUCUCUCAUCUCCAGCCUCACAAUGCUCCGGUUCCUUUCUCUCUCUAACAACCGCUUUGUGGGGUCUCUCUCAUUUAGCUCAUUUGCUAAUCUUUCCAAGCUCGAGGUUGUGGAACUUUCAGUACUGAAAGGUAGAUAUCUUGAUGGCUAUGUUAUAACUUAUCACAAUCAGUUAGAGGUGGAAACUGAAUCGACACCUUGGGUUCCUAAAUUCCAGUUGAAAGUCCUCCAAUUAUCAAACUGCAACAUAAACAAGCUCACUGGUACCAUUCCCAGCUUCCUUUCCACCCAAUAUAACUUGAUAGAAUUGGACCUUUCCCACAACAACAUGAAGGGAAACUUCCCAUCUUGGUUGUUAGAGAAUAAUAAAAGACUUGGAAUGCUAGACCUUGGAAGCAACUCCUUAGCUGGCCCAUUCCAUCUGCCACCUCAUUCUAACAACCUGAAUGCAUAUUUUCUGGACGUCUCCAGCAACCACAUCUCCGGACAACUUCCUGAAAAUAUCGGUCUCUGCCUUCCAAAUUUAUCAGACUUGAACAUGUCUACAAACGCUCUUCAUGGUACCAUUCCUCUGUCGAUGGGUAACAUGAGUAAAUUGUUUUCUUUAGAUUUGUCGAGAAACAAUUUUUCAGGAGAAAUACCAGAGCAGUUGGCCAUGGGUUGCAUCUCAUUAGAAAUUUUGAAGCUAUCAAACAAUAGAUUUCAAGGCCCAAUGUUUCCAACUUAUUCGAACUUGACUCAGUUAUCGUAUCUGUAUUUGGAUGGCAAUCGAUUCACCAGGAGGAUCUCAGCUGGUAUAUUCAAAAGCCCUCAUCUACAGCUUUUGGAUGUUGGUAAAAACAACAUAUCAGGUCGUCUUCCUGCACAGAUUGGGAACUUUUCUGAGUUGGAGUGGCUUUCCAUGCCAGAAAAUUAUUUAGAAGGUCCUAUUCCAGCCGAGUAUUGCAACCUAUCUAGUCUUUCGCUUUUGGACCUUUCCCAAAAUAGAAUUUUUGGUCCCAUACCUCCAUACUUCAAUCUAUCUCUGAAAUUCUUACAUUUGCAAGGAAAUGAGCUUACAGGAUUGAUGCCAAAUGCUUUAUCCAAAUUCUCCUCCCUUUUCACAUUGGACAUCAGGCACAACAAGAUAUUUGGUAAUAUACCAAGCUGGAUUGGUUUGCUUCCUAAUUUAAGGGUUCUUCUCCUCCGAGGAAAUAAUUUGCAAGGUCACAUUCCCAAGCACUUAGUGUCAGAUGAAAACCAUCAGCAUAUUAGAUCUUUCAAACAAUACUCUUUCUGGGCCAAUACCAUCGUGUUUUGGUAA